AUGUCGCGGAAAAAAGCACGACUGGACCAUCUCUCUAUAGAUUUGGAGGAGUUUGCGAUAGUCGCGCAUUACACCACAUCCGAAGAUGAUAGGAUACAUACGAAGAAUUAUGGCUUCAUCUACUCUGUUCUAAUCUACACAAUAAAGCCAAACUCAUUCCUUUACAAACAAUUACUAUUACAAUUUUUUCAGAUUCAGUAGUCCACCGAUAAUGAUAACGCAAAGGCAAAACUUCAUGAGCCAAGUCUACCUCCUAUUACCCUACUAGAAACAUGAUAAUUUGAAUUUUUGAGCAGCUCUAAGAACAAGUGCGCCUACCGAAAGACUUCAUCAGUACGGAGAUACCAGACUUGGCCCAGGAGGUUGUGGAAAAAUGCAAAUACAUACCAAAUGGGAAAGUGCAGGCACUACUAAUCAUGCUCGGGAAAUAACAUAUCUAUGCUCAGGAUGGGCAUCAUGGAAAUUUGAGUACUAGGACAAGAAGUUGCCCAUGCAAGUUGAAAACGAGGAAACAUCAAGUACCAGUAGUUACUCAGGAAACAACCAGUACAAGAUGAACAAGGGCUCAAAGAAACCAGGCUUUUUUCCAGCUCUAUGUUGACUGUCUUCCAUUAUUCCAACAUCUUCUAGGUCUAGACUGACUCUAGUUCCAUUUCCAGGUCUAUCAUGUUCCAUUGAUGUCCAACAUCAAGAACUCUAUCAUGUUCAAUAUCAACAUCUCUUUAUCUCUCACCUUCAGGAAGUGCAGCAGCUCAUGCAGGAAAUGCUUGCGAAGAGCAAGAGUCGGAGCAAAGAGUCAGCGCAGGUACAACAGCAGUUGGCGGCCAAGCACCAACAACUCAUGAUUAAGGCUCUCUCAAUGAAUACAGUUCUACUUGUUCUCUGUGUAGUUCUAGUUCUUUCCGUAAUAUACUUGGGACUGUUGGGAGGCAAGAAAUGAGUUGUAUCUUGUGAGCGAGGGAGUGUAAGACAACCAGUUAGUUUUCACCUCGACAACAUGAGUUUGUGAUCGUCUAACAUGAGGCAACAGCCAAAGCAGCAAGGAGCGCCUGCAUUUACCACAAACCUGGAAAAGAUACUGCCGCAAGCGAAUUGGGGAGAUUUGGAUGAGUACUUCUAAUAAUUUGCCAUCACUUGACAGGGUAUGUUUUGUUACUACAACAAGCUUUGUUUUGGGUUAUUGUUAACAAAGUUGCCUCCAAUAGAGCAAGCUGUUAUUUGCUUGACGUGGGCAAAUAGAAACUAAUAUAUUAGCUCUGCUCUUCUUACCAUGAUCUCCUUUUUUGAAGGGCAGAAAUAGGUACCUGAUAAUUUCGUAUCAUGAAUCCCCUAUAAGUUGUCGUACUACCUCUUCAGAAUCCCUCAUCCAGAACCUGUACAACACUGUAUAAUAAUGAUUCAAUGAGGUGGAGAGCAAUCGCAUAUAAGUAAAAAUUACCAUCUCGAACUUCCAGGUAUUCUGAUCUCCUGUAUGAAGAAAAGAUGGAGCUGAAAGUUCGCGGUGCCAAGUGUCUUCUGAGAGUCUGCUUGGAUGCUCGCAAUCUACAGCUUCUAGCCAAAGACGAAUCCUUACUGGGCGUUCUGAGUCGAGAACUACGCGAAAACUACAAUUAAGGCUCUCCAAAAUAUAAAAAUUCAUUUCCAAGGGAUACAUAGUAGAGCAGUAAAAAGGUCUACAUCACAAGAUAAUUCAUUCUCUGAGUAAAGGGGACAACAACUGGGUAAAGGCGUCAACUACACUUACUCAUUCAUUCUCUGAGAAGAGAAUUCAUUUUACGCAAGAGAGAGAACCGGCUUUACAAUGAGUCAGCACAAAGUGAUCAUACUUGGUUGUAACUGCUAACCUAAGAUCGCCUGUAUUUCUUGGCUCUUAUCUCUUGCUUACCAGUUAUUUUAUUCAAGCGAGGUAUAUAAUUCAUUCCCUGAGUAAUCAUUAUCUUCUUUGACUUCAGGGAAGAAGUGAGUCGGUGUUUUGAGCUCCUCCAAUACGAGAAGUCCCACGACCUAGCCACCGCGAUUAGCUCGAUCUUUCUCUGUUUCAGCGCGUUUACGGUGUUUCAUAGCACGUUGGGGCAACAUCAGUGUGGAGACGCGAGUUUGAGGAUACUAGAAUACGAGACAAAGCGGUACCAAAUACGGAGUCAGGAAAGGGAGCAUUACUUGCAGAUGUUACAAAACAAUCCGCCUGAAGAUUAAGGCAGCUUGAAGAAAAAAUGAUAGAUAAUACUACUCUUAGUAAGUACAUGGUCGUGUGGUAGUGGCAUGAUCUUCGGAACAACUUAUAUUUUGUACUAUCCAUACUAGCCCGCAUCAUCGGUCCGUUUCCUAAGGAGAAACGGCCACCAAGAUGCGCUACGAGAUGGAGUUCUUCAGGCUCUAAGAAGAGGAAAGGAAAAGAUUGCAGAAGGAAGAGAAGAAGUUUCAACAUCAGGUACUGAUCUGGAAGACUUGGAUUCAGAAUUAGGUAUGAAACGCAAUAUUUUGAUUUCUCCUUGAAGAACAGGAAGACAAGCAACUUCUCACUUUCGCACUAUCCGCACCCGCAACUUCUCACCCACCAACAGGUCUUGCGCCAGAACAAACUUCUACACACGUGUCUGCACAUCUUAAUCAAUCUUGCGGAGGACAUCUUCAUAGAGAAGAAAAUGGUGAACCGAAUGCUAGUGCGCAUGGUUUGCCAGUUACUAGACUUAAGGCUUCCCCUAAUCCAUUUUCGGAAGCAUCCCCAAGAGUCUUCUGAAGGGGAAACGGCGCCUAGGACAGAUCUCGGGAUGGAUUAGGGUGAGCCCUAAUAGACCGCAGUAUGGAGGAACUGCUUUACGUCGCUUUACUCUUUUUAAAGAAGCUCUCCAUCUUCGAGGAAAACAAAGAAGUCAUGAUAAGGGACUGCCGCGUCGUUCCUCGACUAGUGUUACGGUCGCACUUUAUCCAUCUUCUUUCUCGUCAGCAACUCGAUGUCCUAAAAUAUUUUCCCAUUAAAAAAAUACAACCGAAAACUUCAAGGCACCGAGAUUGAUGGGGGGACGAAGGUGAACAAAAGCACAGGCACACUCUAAUAGUGCAGCUGGCACAUCAUCAAUCGGCAUUCAUAGCGCUUCUGGCAUUGCGUGUGCUCUACAAUCUGAGUUUCGAUGACCAGAUUUUGAGCUUUUCGGAAUCGGGAGAAUUGUUUCAACAACUAGUAGACCUGCUAAAGCAUCCGCCGUUCCGACAAAUCGUCUUGAAACUGCUGUACUACUUUUUUUUUAGAUUGCGACAAAAAAUCGUCUUGAAACUUCAAAAUUCUUGUGAUUUCUGUGAUUUAGAUUUUGGAUUCUUCCAUCAGAAUCAUCCUCGUAAUUUUCGCAUGAAAAAUUUUUUGGCGAAGAAAUGCCAAUGCAUAUAUUUAAAUAAACAUAUACAGGUACCAAUUCACCCGCGACGAGAGAUGUAAGUCUCUCUUGACGUAUCAUCAAGACUGCAUCGUGAUGCUGUUACAGCUGACUGUGCACUUUCCAGACGUCAGACUUGGCCAGGACCUAGUAGCCUUAGGCAUAAAUCUAGCGCUUCACGCCAGGGCAGCGGAGUUGAUGGUGGUUUGUCAGUUGCGGUCGUCCAGAGGCGAGCCGGAGUUCCUGUGGCCACAAGUGAUUUUGCGACUACUGAAAACCAGAGAUCCCCUACUUUGCAGAAUGGUUCGAUAUUGCUGUUAUGAAAUUGGAUGUUGUGCUGUAUCUAUGUAGGUCUACAACUAGAUCUAUCUAUCAUCAUUGAUGCUAUUCUAUUCAUCCAUCACCACGACAUCUUCAUUGAUGCUAUUCAUCGAGGAUCGUUGACACUUCAUCAAUAGUACUUCUUAGAAGUUAAUGGGGUUACCCCUUUUUAAUUUUUCGAAUCUAGACCAGUUGUCCCAUAUGUGAAGCAAAAUGAGGAUUCACCGCCUAAUCGAAAACUGAAAAUAAGCGAGUAACAAAUACAACGACCGAGUAUCUGAGAUUCUUGUUAUGUAGAUUACUCGCUUAUUUCAGUUUUUCGAGUACCAAUUCAUGUACCUCUAACCAGCCAGUCAUCAGAACGUCCGACAGUUGAUCCAGACCUUGAUGAGCAGUGACCAGGUGAGGAUGAGCAGGUGGAUCCACGAGCUCCUGAGAUUAAGGCUUACCCUUGUCCAUCUUUUUGAAAGACAUCCUGAAGAGUCUGUUUUUCAAGGGGAAAAAGCAUUCAGGAUGCGUCUCAAGAGUUAUUUUCUUCUCUUUCUUUAUUGGGAUUUUUUUAAGAAAUGGAGGAAAAAAUGAAUUCAAUUGUUCGUGUUGGUCCCGCUCGCCUGUCCCCCAAGGCUGACUUCCGUGGCCGUGUGCAUUUUCCGCUACUGCAUGCUAAUACUCAAUUGUGAUUCAUCAUUUUCCUCAGUUUCCUUUUCGGAAUUUUUCUGAAGAAAUGGAGGAGAAAAUGAAUUCAAUUGUUCUUUGCUGAUCAUCUAAUGGGAGCUUCAACGUCGCAGAAUGCUUCAACAUCACAAGAAUCAGACUUCCUAGUCGAAGUCCUAGGCUUACUGGCAAACAUGGAGAACGCAGGUGUGCCAUGGGCUGAGCUGUGCGAUGAGGAGGGGCUAAUAGACUUGUUGCAUCGACAAUUAGUGUUAAGGAGGUACUUAGUUGCUAUGUAUUGCUUGGUGAUGUAUAGACUAUAAAAAUUGUUUGAAUUUUUUUUGGAAUUGAUUUGCCAGUGGUACAACAACAACUUUUAGAAGAUGACCACCAGAGACGGAUGGCGAUGAUGAUGAUAAAUUGGACUCGCCUAGAACUACUAGAAGAUGUGUCUUCAGGUGAACAUUUUCUAAUCCCUGUCGGUUUUGCAGAGGAUGACGUACGGCUUGAAGCGGUCAUGGUCGUGCAGCUCGUAGCAAGGGAAGGCCCUGCUCAUCAUCUGUUGUGCGAUAAAUUUCAACUCGUUUUGACGGAACUUCUAUCUGAAAAGCAAGAUGACGAUGACAUGGUUUUGCAGCUAUUGUACACUUUCGAGUGCAUGGCUCUGCACGACGAGUUACGGGAGAUACUACUGCUUGAAGAGAGUCAGCUGAUACCGAGCAUCAUAGACCUGAUGCGAAUCAGAACGGCGGCGCCCAUAAAACAUCAAGCCUCGCGCACGUUAGAUACGAUAUGCACACUAGCAGCUGUAGCAGCACAGCAAGGAGCCAAUGCGGCGGCGCAUGUGGGAUGGCGGGAGAGGAUAGCAGCAUUGAAAUUCGAUGUGCACAAUUCGGCAUGGCUGAACGAAGUGAGAGGAAUUAUGGUUUCAACAUUGGAACAAUAAUAUACUGUAUUUGGUCUUCUACCUGCUUCGCAACCGAUAGAACCUGAUUAUUGAGAGCAAGAAAGAAGGGAGGUCGUCUAGGUCUACAAUGACAAGAACUGUUCUGAGUCUACAAUGACAAUGACAUUCUCACUGAACUCUAAGAUUAGUAACAUAGUGGAUAGUGGAGGAGACUGGGGUUCGCAGUAUGGCCACCUAGCCCAAUGGGAAGUGGAGAAAAGCCUAGGACCAGCGCUACAGUGGGACAUUGACGCUGUCCUUCGUGAGCGGGAUUGGACAGGUGAGGCUUGAGACGCUGGAGGGAGCUUCAUAAUUUUGAGUCUCAUUAUGAUCUUGAGUCUAGUAAAAAUUUUGAGUCGAUGACUAUGACUACUUUUUUACACGCACACCAUUAAUUCAAGCAUUUUGAUCUUUCAUCGCCAUUUCUUAGAAUUUUUUGUUUUAUCCUAAAGUCUAGCAUCCUGUUUCGUUUUCAAUAUUUCAACUGAUCCUACCGCAUGAGCCUGAUGGCAUCUGUCUGUUCUACAGUUCUAAGUCUUUUUGUUGUCUGUGAAAGCCAAAAUCCGAAGUACUUGUAGCAUCAAAAGAAAGAGAAGCACUCGACGUCCUACUAGAUGUAGAUUCAUGCAUCAAAAGAAGCACUCCCUACGACCAGAUUCGACGUCGGUCCCUUUCUUAUAUAAUUCUUGUAGCCUUAUCGUCGAUUCCUUCUUGUAUCCUAAGAAUACUCAUGCAUAGAAAGCGC